AUGGCGACCAACAGCCUCAAGGUCCGACCCGCCACCACCAGCGACCUGGACCAGCUCUCCACCAUCUUCACGCGCUCGUUCCACCCCGUUUCGCCAUAUAUGCGGCGUACGUUCCCCGACACGGCCGCCAUGCGCGCCUGGUGGCGGAGUCUGUACACGACCGCCCUCGCAGACCCGGAAGCCACGCUCAUGGUCGUGACGACGGAACCGUCCGGCAACGACGACAGUGUCAUAGCACUGGGGCAGUGGCGUUUCUUCCCGGACUAUCCGCACCGUCCUCCGCGACUCGAGCUUGAGUCGGCAACGAGUGCGCAGCUGGAUCCAAACGGGAAUCUCGCAGCGGGGACGUGGUCGCUGCUGCGCUCGUGCGAGGACACGGAUCUCGAGCUGUACCGGGGCAUGACGGGCUUCUUGGCGGAGAUGCACGGCAAGAUGAUGGCGGGGACGCCGCACUAUAACAUGGAGUUGCUGGCGACGGUGCAGGAGGCCAAGGGCAAGGGAGCGGGCCGGCUGUUGGUGGAGGAGCUGGGGAGGGUGGCGGAUGCGAAGGGGGUGGUGGCGUUUGUCGAGACUAACAAUAUCGUGGUCGAGUUUUAUCGGAAGAUGGGCUGGGUCGUCAAGGAGCAGUUGGCUAUGCCGGGGGGUGUGGGCUAUGAAGAGUAUAUCCUGGUCAGAGAGCCGAAGAAAGAGUGA